AUGAGCAACUCAAAUAAUCUUGAUGAGGAAUUUUAUGAUGCAUCUGGUGAAGAAUCACUUCAGCCCACUGUUCAAAAUAUUCUUGACCAAAAGUCUCUUAAAUGGAUAUUUGUUGGCGGAAAAGGUGGUGUGGGAAAAACUACAUGCAGUUGUAGCCUGGCUGUGCAACUUACAAAGUGUCGCAAAAAUGUUCUGAUUAUAUCAACUGACCCAGCUCAUAAUGUGUCUGAUGCAUUUUCUCAAAAGUUUUCUAAAGUUCCCACGAAAGUAAAUGGGUUUGACAACUUGUUUGCUAUGGAGAUUGAUCCAAACCUCGGAAUUGCCGAUAUCCCAGAUGAAUUGAUGAGCAAUGAUACUGGAAUACUUGGGGCUGGUAAAAAGUUGAUCCAGGAAUUUGUAUCUGCGUUCCCAGGCAUUGAUGAAGCAAUGAGUUACACAGAGGUUAUGAGACUUGUGCAAGCAAUGAACUUUGAUGUUGUGUUGUUUGAUACAGCUCCUACCGGGCACACAUUGAGGUUGCUUAAGUUCCCUGCAGUCGUGGAGAAAGGUUUAGGAAAGCUUUUGAAAGUUAAAAACACACUAACGCCGUUUAUCUCACAAAUUGGUCAAAUGACUGGCAUGGGAGAUGAAAUUAACACAGAUUCAAUGGCUGCUAAACUCAUGGAUAUCUUACCAACCAUAAAAUCAAUUAACGAGCAGUUUAAAGAUCCAAAUCAAACCACCUUUGUUUGUGUUUGUAUUGCUGAGUUUCUCUCACUUUAUGAAACCGAGCGUUUGAUUCAAGAGUUGGCUAAGAUUGGAAUCGACACACAUAACAUAAUUGCCAACCAAAUCCUUUUCCCUAAAAGUAGCGAUGGGCAGCUUUGUGGUUUGUGCAAGUCACGAUGUAAGCUACAGGGAAAGUAUCUGGAACAGAUGGAAGACCUGUAUGAAGAUUUCCACCUUAUUAAAACUCCACUGCUCGAAAGUGAAGUUCGUGGGGUGGAUAAAGUAAAAGCAUUUUCCCAACACCUGGUUGUCCCAUACAGCAUUGAAUAAACACUGUUUGGAUUACAACUGUCAUGAACUUGUAAAGAAUAAUAUAUAUAUAUUAUGAAAGUGAAUUCGUUACAAGUAAUAUAUAUAUAUCUAAUCUAUAUAAUAUGUAUUUACUUUUUAUCAAAGUAAUUUUUGAACUGAUUGUAUAUCUUUUAACUGUUUCAAUUGGUUUGACUACAUACAAGUGAAAUAUUUGACUUUGUGUAAAAUGUACUCAAACAUAAACAAAUGAGUUUAAAGCAACUAUUCUAAGUCAUCCUACUAAAACUUUGUGUACAUUUGGUUAUGAUAGAAAUUAUGUUAACAGAA